CACGGGCCUGGGGCCGGCUGGCUGUUAUCGAAAAAGCAUAAUUUUUUAUUUGUGUUGAUUGAAAUUAAGGAAUUAUAAAGUUAUAAACUUAUUCUACAAAAUACUACAAAAUGGUUGAAGAAUUAAAGAUAUUAAAACAAGGUGCCGAGGCUAAGCUGUACAUCUGCAAUUACCUUGGAAAACCUACUCUAAUCAAGGAGAGAUUCAAGAAGAACUAUCGGCAUCCUGAUUUGGAUACUUCAAUAACCAAAGAAAGAAUGAAAAACGAAGCCAGAUCUAUAGUAAGGUGUAAAACAGCUGGAGUCAAAACUCCAGCUUUAUAUUUGGUUGAUUUUGAACGCAGGCGUAUCUAUAUGCAACAUUUUGAAAACAGUAUUACAGUGAAGGAUUUUAUUAUAAACUUAAAAAGUAGUAACAACCAGGGUGAUAUCAAUACAUUAGAUGUGUAUGCUCAUAAAAUUGGUGAAGUGAUACGUAAAAUGCACGAAAAUAAUAUAAUACAUGGCGAUCUAACUACAUCUAACAUGUUACUUGUUGAAAGAAAUCCAAGUAAUGAAUUAGAAAAUUCUAAAUGGUUAAACAAUACUAAUAUAGAUUUAGUUCUAAUAGAUUUUGGCUUAUCAUUCAUAGAUUCGAGCACAGAAGACAAAGGUGUUGAUUUGUAUGUGCUAGAGCGAGCUUUAAUUAGUACACACAAUGAAUAUCCGGAUCUGUUCAGUAAAAUAUUUGAAGCCUACAAAAAUUAUAGUAAGAAUAAUAUAAAGGAAAUAAUUAGCAAGUAUGAAGAUGUAAGAGCAAGGGGAAGAAAGAGAACUAUGGUAGGUUAAGUAAUUAAAAAUAAGUAACAAGUAACUAGAUAAGUGUGGUAAGCUUAAACCUUUAAUUGGAAAAUCAUUUCCAAAUAUUAGGUGUUAUUGUAAAAUUGUUUCUAAUUUUGUAUAUUUAAAAAUCAAUAAAUGAAUCAUCAUUUAAA